CCCUCGCCUGGUGCCGUAGUAAACAGUGAUGGCUUCCUCCGAGACGCAGCCUCGCUUCGGUCAAUCUGUUAAAGGUUUAUUGUCUGAUAAAGUCACUUCUUGCAGUGGAGAUGUGAUCGCUCUAACCCGUCAGAUGUUGAAAGCAUCCAGGAGCCAAGAACUACUCAGUCAGGCAGCGAGAAAUAUGGUAAUUCAAGAAGAUGCAAUUCUGCAUUCUGAAGAUAGUCUGCGGAAGAUGUCUAUUAUAACAACCCACUUGCAGUAUCAGCAAGAGGCCAUUGAAAAGAAUGUAGAACAUUCCAGAACCCUGCAGGACCAGCUCAAACACUUGAUGAGAUAAUGGAGCCCUUAU